AGUCUCUGUUCGCGUUUACAGAUUUAAAUUCUUGCUUUUGGUGUCUUCUAAACGGUCAGCAUGGCUGUGGCUGAAGCAGUGAUGCCCCCCAUAACAUCGUUUCCAAGUGUUCAAGCGAUGGGAGGAAAACAGUUCAAUAAUAUAUGCAAGUUGGAUGAGUGCGCACGAAGCAGCGCAACAGGUGGCGCAGACAACCCGCUCAUCGAAGUGGAGUUCAGCAUCGUGCAGUCCCCUGCUUUACUUUCCAAAGACGACGACGAGCUGGGGAAAUUCUUGGACCUCGAGUUCAUUUUGUCUAACAGCAUUGAUACCGAUGUUAUGCGCAACAACGGCAACAUUUCUCCGCCUCAGCAGUGUGCGUAUUCCCUGCCAGAGUCACCGGAGAGCUGCAGCGGGAGUUCUGUGCCAGACUGCAGCGACCGAACUCCUGCUCAGCUGGCCGCGCCGAGCUACCACGGUACGGUGUGCUUCACGGGCUCGAGCCCAGUCCACAGUCUCGUGGCGGAGCUUCUCACGCCGGAGAUGAACUACCCCGGGGAGAGUUCACCAGAGAGUGCAGGCAAAGCAAGGGACGGGCGGGAGUACACCGAACUCAGAGCGCUGAAUCCGGUCCCCAUCCCAGCUGCCCCUACUCAUCACCAAUUGGCCACGUCUCCUCCACCGCUUGGAUACAAAAUUAAAACCGAGCCUGUAGGCCAGUCUUGUAUGAUGGCUGCUGCUGGUGGCGCUAACUUUAUGGGACAGAUGUAUGAGCGACACCAGAUGCGCUCCGUGCACCCAGCAGCUUUUACGCAUCACCAGGGUACCACUCAAGGCGGAUUGCCAGGAUUCGGUGCGCAUCCCAUGCAGCACCCUGCACCCCAGGGACGCACAGACUGCCAUUUGACUCAAACGAACUCUCAUCCUAGCCAUCCUAACCAACACCAUAUCCAAAAUCAGUACAUGAACGCGCCGUACCAGCCGCAGUACGCGCACCAGAGUCUGGCCCAGUUUCAAGGACAGUACAACAUGCACAGAGAGCCUGUCCACGUCCACCAGCAGCACCACCCGGCUUCUAUGCAGGGGAUGAUGCUCACUCCUCCUUCGUCGCCAUCGUUGCUGGAGUUUUACGCACACGACGAGGCGGGGAACAUGAAACAGAAGCGAGGCCGCAGGUCGUGGGCCAGAAAGCGCGCCGCGACGCAUAGCUGCGAGUUCCCUGGCUGUGGGAAGACCUACACCAAGAGCUCCCACCUCAAAGCCCACAUGAGAACACACACAGGUGAAAAGCCAUACCACUGUAACUGGGAAGGCUGCGGCUGGAAAUUCGCCAGGUCAGAUGAGCUGACCCGUCACUUCAGAAAGCACACCGGACACCGACCUUUCCAGUGUCACCUGUGUGAGCGCGCGUUUUCACGCUCAGAUCACCUGGCUCUCCAUAUGAAGAGGCACAUGUAGGCCACAUUAAUCAAAUGGACACUUUUGUAUCCAAAUCCACCUGCAGCAUCCCAGAAUAAGCACCAGUCGGACAUUUUGUGCAUCUGGCCCAAACCGUGUUUUUUUAAGUGCCUCUCCAACAGUAGAAGAGCAGAAGAGUAGUAGAAGAAUGAAUGCUGGUGUUUUUGUACAUAUGUGUGGAUAUAUGAAUAACUGGCUAAAUUAUAGGAGUUUGUAUUUAAGUCUUUUCCUCGCCCUGUCUCUGAAAUAAGUUAUUUUUUGUAAGUGAGUGCCUUAUUUGCUACUCAAACGGGGAAAAACUCACUGUGGGCAGGACCCAAAACUUUGUACAUAUGUAAAUUGUAUUUUUGUAAUGUUUACAUCAUAUAUCUUUGAUACUACUCAAAUCAGGUCAGGGUUUUUUAUUGACAUUUUUCAUUCUAUUUUCUCAAGGUUUAGUCUAUACAAUAAAUGUUAUAGAUUUGCUAAACAUUGUAGGCUUGACCUGCAUUUCAGAUAUUUUCUUUGUUUUAAGGAGGUUUGCUUGAGCAAUGCUAUCAAAUUCAGGUACUACAGCUCAUUUUGAGUCCCAUUAAAAUCCCCAAAAUGAAAUGUAACUCCACCCUCACUUCACCCAAUUCAAAUGUUCUUACAGCUCAGUGUUUUCUGGAAAUAUUGAAAUAUUGCAUUAUGUAAUGGAAGGUGUGUUUUUAUAAAGAAUGAAGAAAUCCACUGCAACCACAGGUUGAGCUACUGAACUUGAAAGAGAACUGCCACUCAGAUGUAUAAUUUUCAACAAUGAUGCAACUGUAUCUGCUUAAGGGCUCAGAAAAUAAAAGUACUUUUACAAAUAUUAC